AUGAAUGGUGAUAAGUGGAUACAGCUAGCAGCAGCAGGAACCUCUUCCUUUGAUGAAAAUGUCAGAAAAUCCUAUCUAUAUGACACUAGAUAUAAUGAGUGGCCACAUAUCAGAAGCAAAGGUUUUAGAGGUGUGGCUAAUGUAGACAAGAAGGACCUAUUAACACUUUUGGACGAAGUCCCCACUGAAAAGAAAGAGGAAGGAUGGCAAAGGCAUAAUCAUUUUACCCAAGAUGGGGGGAGUUGGGGUUGUGACCACAAACUCCAAGAAACAAUUAAUGGGAUGAGUAAGCCUAGAAUUAAAAAAUUGGAGAUUAAAGGGGUGAUGAGAGGGAAUCAGAUUCACGUGUUUGGGGAAGCUGCCGGUCACAAAGGGACAGAUGGUCCUAAUCGAGUGGGGGCCCACAAGAGGCCCAAAAGAUCCCAUCCUACAAAAAAUAAAUCUGUCCAUUAUUUUAGUGUUGUCCUUGUUAGGGACUCGUCACUAAAUGCUACCUUUGGCGUUUGUACCUACCCUACGUGGGGUCCUCCCCAAGGACUCUUUUGA